UAUAUUUGAGGGAGAGGGAGGAGAGAGGAGGCAGUGGGAGGCAGCCUAUUUAUGAUCCUACUGCAGCAGACUUUACAUCCCUCUUCUCCUCUUUUAAAAUCGCAGGUUUGCUCUUGUCAGUCAGUGUUUUACUUUUCAGCUACUGCAUGCCUCUCUAGAAACUUGUAACAAACACCUGUGUGGGGAAAGGAAUUCUUUGUGCGCCGUCUUUACGGUAAUGCCCUCGGUUGAUCCCGCCCUCUCUCUGGUAGAAAAACUCGGUGAUGUCGCUCCGUCUUUAACGAGCUUGACCCAGAACCCAGGGAAGGAGGGGAAAAGAGGGGAGAAAACCCACCGAAUAAACGGAAUAGUCUGGAAGGGGCUGAGACAGGCUUUCAACUAGCACGUCCAUUCCUCCCUGUUUCUGGGCUUGGUGGUUCGGUGACCUUCUUCCCAUGAGCAACUAGAGCUCAACCUCUGACCUUGGCGUGAUCUUUCACCUCUACUACCAAACAACGCCCACAGGGGAAGUGUGUAUGGAGCAGUGUGAGAGCGCAGCAGCUCUGCUGGAGUCGGUCAGGGAGCAGGAGGUGCAGUUUGAACAGCUGACCAGGGCGCUGGAGGAGGAGAGGAGGAGAGUUGGCCUCCCCGCCACCAGCCCCUCGGCCCUGGGUCACCCCCUCCCCCACACACAGAACGGGCGUUUAGGGGAUGCAGACAUAGAACGACUGAAACUGACUGACUCAUACAUAAACGGCACACAGUACAGAAUGGUGGACCCGGCACAUGGUGCUCUAGAUGAGAGCUACACACCAGAGGACGACUCCCAGGAAGUGCACUCAGUCUUUUCAGACGAAGGACACACACGGCGGCCAGACAAUGGCAUGAAGAAACCAAUCUCACGCACAGUCCUGCCCUCUGACUCCAUGUCCAUUGACGGGGGCUUGUCGGUGUCUGGAAUGGGCGGCUACAGCGCCACACUGGACCGUCCUUACAGGCAGCCUGGACCUGCAGACUACCCCACCGCCACAGUGCCCAGAAACUACCACUAUGCCCCUGUAGGGGGUUAUGACGACUACCGGGGAGGCCCCCCAUCAGAGGCUUACACUAGCCUGAGCAGGGGCUCGCACAUGGACGAGCGCUACAGGCCAGUUGACGGCUACCGGACCCUGGACUCUGGCUACCGCGCCCCAAGUCGUCAGCAGCUCGACCCGUAUGCAGCCCAGCCCCAGGUGAGCCGGGGAAUGAGGGCCUUGGGCUCAGCCAUGGAGGUUCGCUACGGCCACGGCCACUACGGUCUGGAGGAUGACCAGCGCAGUGUGGGAUAUGAUGACUACGGCAUGGGUCCUCCACCAAUGCACCCUGGAGGCUACGGUACCAUGCCCCGCUUAGGGCCUGGCCCCGGGGGUGUGGACAGACGAAGACUCAGGAGCUGUGAGGACACUUUGGAUGGUGACAUGGGAGGAGUUGACCCUUAUGCCUGGGGCGUUCCCGUGACGAUGGAAAGGGGGAGCAUGGCUUCCCUGGACAGCACACUGAGGAAGGGUCCUCCCGGUUCAUGGAGACAGCCGGAGCUUCCAGAGGUCAUCGCCAUGUUGAACUACCGCCUGGACCCCGUCAAGACCAACGCUGCUGCAUUCCUCCAGCAUCUCACAUUCAAAAAUGAUAAGGUAAAGUCGGAUGUGCGUCGCCUGAAGGGCAUCCCGGCCCUGGUGUCGAUGCUGGACCACCCCAGCAAGGACGUGCACCACUCGGCCUGUGGAGCACUGAAGAACAUUUCCUAUGGGCGAGACCACGACAACAAGAUCGCCAUCAAGAACUGCGAUGGAGUGCCCGCUCUGGUCAGGUUACUGAGAAAAACCCGCGACCAGGACCUCACUGACACUAUCACAGGCACCUUGUGGAACCUCUCAUCCCACGACUCUGUGAAGAUGGAGAUUGUGGACCACGCCCUGCACGCCCUUGCUGACGAGGUGGUCGUUCCUCACUCCGGCUGGGAGCAAGGGAGCAACGGAGGAGAGGAGAGCUGCAAACCACGCCAUCUGGAGUGGGAGACUGCCUUGACCAACACUGCUGGCUGCCUUAGGAAUGUGAGUUCAGAACGCAGCGAGGCUAGGAGAAAGCUGAGAGAGUGCACGGGAUUGGUGGAUUCACUCAUGUACAUUGUCCAAUCACAGAUCAACCGCAAAAAUGUGGAUAACAAGUUGGUGGAGAACUGCGUCUGCCUCCUGAGGAAUCUGUCCUAUCACGUUCACCGUGAAGUCCCCGGCUGUGAGCGCUUCGCUGAGACUGCGCCCGUCAACCAGGGACCUGCCCCGGCUAACAAAGGGGGCUGCUUUGGCUCUCGAAAGGGCAAAGAUGAGUGGUUUUCAAAAGGAAAGAAGGAUGGCGAUGAUGGAAGUGGAGAUCAGGUUGACAUUCCAAAGAGGACAACACCAGCCAAAGGUUACGAGCUGUUGUUCCAACCAGAGGUGGUUCGUGUUUACACGUCGCUGCUCAGAGAGAGCAAGAACCCCUCGGUGCUUGAGGCCGCUGCCGGUGCCAUCCAGAACCUGUGUGCUGGCCGAUGGACUUAUGGGCGGUAUAUCAGGGCCACUGUGCGUCUGGAGAAGGGUCUUCCUAUGAUGGCAGAGCUACUGGCUCAUGGAAAUGACCGUGUGGUUCGAGCUAUGUCUGGAGCCCUGAGGAACCUCUCCAUCGACAACCGUAACUGCCAGCUGCUCGGUUUGCAUGCAGUGCCUCACCUUGUGGCCAACCUGCCUGGAGGCCAGAGUCAGUCUGGGCGCAUUCUAUCAGAGGAGACCGUGGUGUCUGUGCUGAGCACGCUCACCGAGGUGCUAGGCAACAGCGUGGAGGCAGCAAAGACACUCCGAACCUCGCAGGGCAUUGAGAGGCUGGUGCUUAUCAACAAGGACGGCAAGCGCUCAGAGCGUGAGGUGCGGGGGGCCGGCCAGGUGCUGCAGCUCGUCUGGGCCCACAAAGAGCUGCGCAAGCCUCUCGAGAAAGACGGCUGGAAGAAAACCGACUUCAUGGUCAACCUCAGCACCACCAACGGUCCGAGCACCAGAGCCAACGGCACCUACGAAGACAGCACCACGCCACUGCUGGACAGAGGGGAAAAGAGAGACAUGAUUCCACUAAAUGACCUUGGCCCUGAGGCCUACUCUACACUGGACCAGAGGGAGAGGAGACACACUCUGGAUGAAACCACAGACACUUUACCGCGAGGGGUGUAUGGGGGCAGAAAGGGCUCCUUGCCCCUGUUGGACUCCUACGAUGGUUAGCCCUCCCCCCUCCCCUCUACCCCCCUCUGCAUGUAACAGCAUGAAAAACUGAUAGUGUGCAUCACCCAGACCGGGCCGUCCCUGCCCUACCACUGCUACUGAGGAGAGAAGACCCAGAUGCACAAACUCUCUCUCCCUCCCCUCUCCUCCUCUCCUCCUCCUUUUCUCUCUCUUAUCACCACUCCGAUGGGAUUAGAAGAUGAGGGUUGGCAUCCAAAGAAAGUGGCCGUGUUGCAGGCAAACCAUUUCAUGCAACACACACACGAACAGACACACACACACACCUACUUUUUAUGAAUUCAUUCAAUUGUAGCAGCAGAAAUGUAUUCCGUUUAUAAAUUAUAAUUCUCCUGUAAAGGCAAUCACCUUUGUUGACAAUCAUUUAAUUCCGGUGUUGUCAUCCUGCUUGUUUUUUUUAAUUCUUUCUUGCUAAUUGUCAACAUUUCGGUAAAUUUCGUCAUGCCACCCCCGCCAUCCUGAUGAUGAAUUUGUACGUAGACUUCUAUGUAGGGUAUAUACUGUAUAUAAAAAGAAAAAUGGGGAUGACUGCAUUAGUUCUGGCUCAUUAAUUUAAAUCGUCCCAUUACUGGGAUCGUUGGGAGGUUUGGGCCGACAGACGUUUGCCCUUUUAGAUCGAGAAUGUUGUUUAUAGAGGAGCUAUUUUCCUGUCUAGAGUUAUUUUCUCUCGGUUGGGAUGAGCACAGGUGUAGACAAGAAAAGGGCAUGUGUGUGUAUAUUGGUCAUACAGUAAGUGUGUGUGGAAAAUGAAUAUGGACCUUUUGAGUGAGUGUGUUUUUGUGUGCACGGACCAGACCCAUAAGACCACGCGUUGAUUAUUUCAUCUGUUCAUGUUGUCUGUUUUCAUGGUGUGCUCCUACUCCUGUGAUAAAGCUUCUGUUUUUUGUUUUGUCUGGUUUUAUCUACCAACUGCCUCUUUUUGUAUUUCAUACUUUAAUUCCCAUCCAAGUGAAAGAAAAACUACAAUUUGAAUUGCUGUGUUUUGACUUUAAACCAACGAGACCAGUACAACACUUGGCACUGAAAUGUGAAGCUGGGAUUAUUAUACACUAAACCAAUAAAACAUUUUAACAUUCUGCUUUAGAAUCCAUAACGCUUAUGUAAACUUUUCGCACCAUAGAAACAACCUACUCAACUGUUUAUUCAUUAAGAAAGUAGCAAACACUUCAGGAGGCACUUUUUGGAAUAAUUAUUUCCUCUUUAAAUCGUUAAAAAAAAAUCACUACUUGCUGUUUGUUUUGUUUUUUAAAAUAUAAUCGUUGAUAUUGACAUUCUUGAUGUGUCGUUUUACAAAAGAAACUGCUAAUGAUGGGAGGCGUCUUCACUCAGAGGAGACUCGAGUUACAACAGACAGAUUGGGGAGAGACACUGACCUUAUAAUUUAAUUUGGGAGGUGGACAAAAAGCACAUUUUUGUCCGUGAUCCACUUGUUUUUAUCAUUUUUUUUUCGUAUUUUUUUCCACUUUGUCAGGUUUGUGUGUAUUUUUAUUUGAGGUUUGUAUGUAUGGGAGAGGUGGGAGAGCGCAUUAUGCAAUUUGUUCAACUUGUUAGUUCCAGUUUUAUCCCCCAAGUUGUUUUUAGGGCAAAAGAGACCAAUCAUCUUUGUUUUGUUUUUUACUCUCCACACAUAGUAUAUUUGUAAUGUUGCCUAUCCAUGUAAAAUUAUGAUGUACGAUUCAUACCUGCCUUGGCUCUGAGAAGUUGCUUUUUCAGUAACGUAUGUAACUGGUAAUACUGUUUUUAUAAAUAAAGAUCUUUUCUUAGACCAGA